AUGGCUGGUCAUGAAUUUGCUCAUGCAGACGCCAUAGCAGAUUGUGUUCUUGCUGCCUUUGAUGCGCUGCCAGCACAUCGCAAACCGCGACUGCCUUCCUCAGGCCUCAAAGCAGGCCGUAGAGAAUGGGUUCCAUUAGCAGGCAUUGUCCUUGAGAACAGCCACGGUGCUUUGACAUGUGCCGCCCUGGCUACUGGCAUGAAAUGCUUACCUCGUGAUAAGAUACAAAGUCUGAAUGGCAAUGUCGUACACGAUAGCCAUGCUGAGAUUCUGGCUUUGCGAGCCUUCAACCGCUUCCUUCUUGAUCAGUCAGACUUGCUGUGUGCUGAUCCUUCUGCUGACAAUAUCCUGCGACCAACUUCCGCAGAAAAGCCCUUCGCAAUCGAUCCCCACAUCACUAUCCAUAUGUACUGUAGCGAGGCUCCUUGCGGUGACGCCAGUAUGGAACUUACCAUGGCUCAACAGGACGAUCAAUCUCCUUGGACUGCGACAACUGAAGUUGAACCCGACGAACUGUUUGGAAGAGGUUACUUUGGCACUCUAGGCGUAGUACGGCGGAAACCUGCUCGGCCAGACGCUCCUCCGACCUUAUCCAAGUCAUGCUCUGACAAGCUGGCCCUCAAGCAAUACACGUCUGUCCUUUCUGUUGUCAGCUCUCUAUUGAUACAUCCGGAGAAUGCAUACAUUCAUACUCUUGUCAUGCCUCAGAGUCAAUUGGUCUCUGAAGCUUGUGAUCGAGCUUUUGGUCGCGAUGGACGUCUGUCAGCGUUGCAAAGUGUAUCCUCUGGCCCUUUCGCCUUUCGUCCUUUUACUGUCCGUCCAACUACGCGCGAGUUCUCCUUCAGUCGUCGUAUAGCGGACCCAUCUACCACUUCGAUUGUACCGUCGAACAUCUCUUCUCUGACACAUGGUCCCAAACAAGAGACUCUUAUCAAUGGCACGCUUCAANNGGGGAGAAAGCAAGGCGAUCCGAGAGGAGCUUCUGCCGUCUCCAGACGCUCAAUGUGGGUUCUGGCUCUCAAGGUUGCCGCUUCACUGGCACAACCUGCUCUUGUUGCUGCUCUCAGUGCGAAGUCUUACGCACAUGUCAAAGCCAGCAAGAUGCUGUCUGACCGAGAAGCUGCUAAGCAAACCGCCAGAGACUUGUCUUUACAAGGCUGGAAGAGAAACGCGGGUGAUGAUGAGUGGUCAUUAUCGGCCACAAGAUCUCCUGCCUAA